GGCAGGAGUUGUGUGUGGGAGAAAUGCAGUGGGAGUUCUGUUUGCAUGAGUUUAAAUAUCUUUGUGUAAUGCAGUGCUUCUAUGGAGUUGUGUGGCAACUCUUAUACUUCUAUAUUUCUUCGAGGCUCCUAACAUUUUUUUUUCUGAAUUGUUUUAGAAUUUGUGACACCAGAGUUGUGUUUUGUGCAGAAGAGCACUGUGUACUAUAUCUGUGUCUUGUUGAUCACUUGAGAUUUUUGCACUGGUCAGUUAUGACAUUAGUUGGAAGUGGUGUGUUCUCAAUGUUCACAACAGAGACUCUCCCAAUUACCAUCAAUCACUUCAGUCAGUGUCCUAAUAUUCUGUGAAUUGAGUUCCACAGCUGUUUUCAUUGCCAGAUACUUUGAAACUUAUCAGUGCUAUUCUACACGAGAUUUCAGUGAGGAGCUUCCAGUCUGAUUGCAGUAAUGUCUUUUCCAACGAGAGAGGAUCGAAAGCGCUGCUGGGAUUCACGUGACCGCUACUGGGAGUGUCUCGACGAGAACAAGGACGAUAAGGAGCUGUGUAUAAAGCAGAGGCAGUUCUACGAGAAGAGCUGCCCAGCACAGUGGGUGCAACACUUUGACAGAAAACGCAACUACCUGAAGUUCAAAGAGAGAAUCGAGAAAGACGGGGUUACACCCAGUGCCCCAACAGUAGCUGUCUCCUCUCACUCACAGACUGUGCAGACCCACAGGAUCUAUAAACAGUUGCUAUUGUGGCAGCGAACUGAUCGAGCGUGAUGACUGCCUCAGUGUCAAGGAUGGAUGCUGUGCAGAAAACACUCCUAUGGUUUCAUGAGCAUGGUGUUUCUGGAAGCUGCACUCCUAUUCCAUCAGAAAUUCUUAUGAAAAUAUUGGCUGUUAGGUGUUCAGAUGGGUGCCCCCCUCCAGAACUGGUAGAAGUUUCACAUCAUCUGCUGGCACGGUUGGCCGCAAACCCCAAAGUUGAUGCAACAGAAGUACGCCUGCAAAUAUCAACUGCUUUGUGUUCCACACUUCAUAAACUGCAGGAACUCCAGCAAUUUGAAGACUGUGCUUCGAGAAUACUGGAAAGAUGUCUGCUGCCAACAUGGGAUGGCAGAACCAUACCCACAGAUGAGCUUAUUAAGGGUUCUAAUAAUGCUGCAAUCAGCGUAAAUGACAUAGACAAUUUUAGGCUGAUGUUGUGUCAUGGAAUUGUGCAGAGUGGCCUUGUUCCAUCCUUGAGUGAAGAUGUGAUUGCAUUAGCAUUGACAUUCUUGGAGCAGAUAUGCAUAUACCCGUCAUCUUUAACCAGAAUGGCUGUGCGGACAGUGACAAAAUUUUUAACAGUGUACAAAGAUUUGUGUGUACAAAACCACUCAUCACUAGUGAAGAAUAAAAUAAAUGACUUUGCAAAACUGGCAGCACAGGUCUGGGCAGCUCCCGCACAUUCUCCGAGGGACAACGCAGAACUCUUGGUAGCUGCAAUACGAGCAGGUGACUUUAAUGUAGAUAAGCUGCUGUGUGAAGCACUGACAGCUCACUGGGGCUACCGUGCUACACUGCUCACAGUUGCUGCUUUGCUGCCUCUGUGCACCAAAGAUGUGGUUUCAGAAAGCAGUGCAAAGAUUGUCAAGAUGUUGUUGUCGUCUCUCGACAGCCCGACGCUCGCGUCUGCCGGUGCUGACGCUUAUCGAGCCUAUGUUGGCCUGCUGCCAGGUGUGGAACUGUGGUGGGAGCAGUUCUCUCUGUACGUUUUACGGAUAUUGCAGAACCCCGAUCCAGAGAAAUGGGUUUUAGUGACUGACAACAUUUCUGCAGAUGUUUGUGAACUUUUAAAUGAUGGUUUCUCAAAUGUGUUGAUUAUGUCGUCUUGGUGUGCACCGCUUCACAUGUCUUUACUUGACAGCAGUUGUAAUCUGUAUUCCAUGGCCACCAGCUCUAAAUGUGGUUUACAUGAACAUACAAUUCUAGGUCAGAAAGUGUAUUGAAAUUUUUGUUGAAAGUUGUAUUACAAAGAAUCAGUUAUUUGUAAUGCAAUGAAAAUAUGUGAU